GACCUCUACGGCAUCUUGGACGUCGACAAGCGCUGCGACGGAGCGGCGAUCAAAAAGAGCUACCGCAAACUCGCCCUAAGACUCCACCCGGACAAGAACAGCCAGCCCGGCGCGGCCGACGCCUUCAAGCGCGUCUCCGCCGCCUUCGCUACGCUUUCGGACCCCCGCGCGCGGCGGCACCACGACUACUUUGGCGGCGGCGGCACCGAGGAGUCGUCGGGCUCGUCGUCCGCGCCGAGCGGCGGGCCGGGGGCCUUCGGGGACGUCGACGCCGAGGAGCUGUUCCGCGCGUUUUUCGGC